AUGGUGCUCUCGUUGCCGGUUCCCAGCUUCUCCAGAUCCUCCGCAUCUCCCCCACGCCCCGCCGACGCCAACACGCCCGCACCGCAGCCCCGCCAAUACCAAGCCUCCGCGUCAGGCUCGUCCACCAGCUCCUCGUCGAGCCGGAAUGUCUGGAGACCCCCGGGCCUGGGCGGCCAAACCGGCUCGUCUUCCAGCAGCUACUCCGUCACUCUCAGCGAGGCCCUCCGCAAUAAUCCCUUCGGCAGUACGCGUUCCCGAGACGCCAGGAGCUCCAUCCCCGAGGCGGGGGCUCAGCACCAGGAGCAGGAAGAGCUGAAUGCCGCACUGGAAACCCUCGCGCGCAUCUUUCCGGAUGUGCGUAUCGAGGUGUUUCGGGAGUUGCUGGUGCGGUUUGACGGCUUGAGUCGCUUACAGGUCUGUGUGGAACAGCUGCUCAGAAAUAAGGAGGAGUGGGUUGCUGGCCGCUGGAAUAUCUCAAAGGGCCAAAACGGAGAAGAAUCAGAGUAUGGUGGCGAUGGCGCUGCCCACCGUAACCAUCCAGCUGGGAAUGACCGGGGCGGCUCUGUUCCGGACUCGGAGGGGGAGGAGAGCUUGAUCCCUCCCGAGGAACGGUUCCGGUCGGAAGAAUACAAGAUCUCUGUUCGAACGGCGCUGUCUAAGGAAUUCAGUGGUCUGAAUAAGAGUACCAUCGAGGGUGUGAUGGCCGAGGUGAACUUCAACUACGCGCGCGCGAGAGUGACGCUGCAGGAUACCUCCCGACGAACAUGGCGUGCAACUUUGACCAACAUCAUGCCGUCGUUCAAGCGGAAGAAAGACCGAGAUGAGCACCCGUUGGUGGUGUGGCAGCGCGGCGCAGACGGAGAGCUGGUCCCGCGGCUGAAAGAGACCGGGUGCAGCGAGCUGGAUAGCGAGCUACAUGAAAUGUUGCUGGCUCCAGUGUUGCGACAGAAGCGUGAGGAUCAGGAAGACCAGGACUUCCGCUUGGCUUCCGAGCUGAAUGAGAAAGAGGCUACGGCGACCGGCGCUCUUUACGAAUGCGAGUGCUGCUUUGCCGAUGUGACCUUUGAGCAGAUCGCAACAUGCUCGGCCGAUGCCCAUAUUAACUGCUACAACUGCAUCCAGCGGACAAUCCAUGAGGCGCUCUUCGGCCAGGGCUGGGGCAAGUCUGUGGACUUGGAGCACUCGACGCUCACAUGCCUUGCGCCGCUGUCCGUCGGGUCUUGCGAUGGGUGUCUUCACCCGCAGGUUGUCCGGCGGGCAAUCCUGCUCAACACCGCCGGUUUUGAGACAUUUCGCAAAUUUGAGGAUCGCCUAGCCUCAGAGGCGUUGCUCAAAUCGCAACUGAAACUCAUUCGAUGCCCUUUCUGCUCCUACGCCGAGAUCGACCCGGUCUACCACCCUUCACCCCGCGGCGUUCGUUGGCGCAUUCGCCGCGACGGGGGGUUUAUCCCUACGAUUCUGAUGACGGCCUUUCUCCUUGAUAUGGUGCCUCUGCUGAUGAUCCCGUUCUUCAUCAUGCUUCUCCUCAAACCCGCAGUCGUUAAGGCCAUCUUUAACAACUCUAUUCACCAUAUCUGCCUCAAAACCCGUCCGAAGCGAUUUAGCUGUGCCAGCCCUUCCUGCCGGCGUGUCAGCUGCAUGACGUGUAAAAAGCCGUGGCGCGAUCCACACGUGUGCAACGAGCCGAUGUUGCUGGACCUCCGCGCCACCGUCGAGGCUGCGCGCACGGCUGCCGUGAAACGCACGUGUCCUCGCUGCAGCCUCUCCUUUGUCAAGUCUUCCGGCUGUAACAAGCUGACCUGCGUCUGCGGAUAUUCCAUGUGCUAUUUAUGCCGAACGGCCUUAGCCCCGCCCCCUCCUGUUUACCAAGGGCAUUUUCGCCGGUACCCUCGCCGCCGUCGCGUGUGUGGUCGGGCGGCCUACGACGGGCCCGCCGAUAACCACGGCGACCACCCUGGUGGCGAGCAAGGCGCUGGCGCAGCUCCCGCCCAGGAGUUUGAGCCGGAAGGCUACAAGCACUUCUGUGAACACUUCCGCAUCAACCCCGGGUCCCGCUGCACGGAAUGCACCAAGUGCGAUCUCUACCAGGCCGAGGAUGAGGAAGCCGUUGCGCGCCGCGCGGGCGAGAAGGCCGAGCGCGAGUGGCGCAUUCGUCAGGGCGUAGCCGGGGAUGACAAUACCGCGUCUGCUCUCGGUGUCCGCAACGUCAACCUCGACCUUUCUUUCGGCACCGAGGGCAAAGCUUCCAAGCGUCGCGCCUCGGCCUCGCCGUGGGACCUGCAACUUACUGCAUCGGGUAGGCCUUUGGCUUACUGGUUCGGCGAUGUGUGGAUAGAAGGCCGAUGGAAAAUCGAGGGCCAGGCUUUGGUCGACUGGGUCGUGGAGCGGGUGAUUGUUAUCGAGGAUGUGUGA